ACAGACGUCGAUGAUUCUUUUUUCAUGAAUUUUUUUUUUUUCAUGAAUUUUUUUCUAUGGCAAGAGUAAACCACUGAUCAAGGUACGGAGAUUUUGACCCUUCUAGAGAGGAAGAUGAGGCGUAGGAUCUGCGUUCUCCCAGCACUUGAUGUAAUGGUGGACCAGGAUGCUUACAUGAAAAUGGUUGUAGCGAAUGCAAAGAAUAUGGAAGCGAGCAACGAGUUUGCUGUGGAAAUGGAGAAUUACUUCGCAGGUCUUCCAGACAAGGAGGAGGUCGCAUGUAACUUGCUGACUAUCCAGAAUCUCUGGUCCGAGCUGGAGGCGGUGAUGGUAAAAGAUCAAGAGAGGGUCACCGAGUUCAAUGAAAUGAAGAAGAAAUUGGAGGUCUCCGAGCACGAGAGAUCCGCACUGUCAAUUAUUUUGCUGAGAUAGAGAAGAAAUGCCACAUAUCGUAUGCUGGUCGUGAUUGAUUUCGGAGGGCUUGUCGCCAGGCGCGUCGCAACCUCGCGAAGGAGUACGAAGGAGUUCUGAUCAGGGUGAAGGACAAGUUUGAGAAGAAGAAGGUCAAGGUGCUGGCGGAAAUACGUCUGCAGGAGGUGACAACAAACAUCGAGCUUUUAACAGAGUUUUGGGGUUGAUGACUAGCUGAAACGCCUUUAGAAAAGGAAAGUGAAUUUGAUAUUGUGUAUGGUUUGGCUGCAGUAUCUGACCGCUCCCUUCAUGAUCUCGAUCUACCUCAGAUUUCCGAUGACUCGACCAACCAGGUUGCUUCUCCUUCUCAUGGAUGCUUCUGGAUCGAUUGAUGAUGAAGCGGAAACACGCGGCAUGACUUGAGAAAAUCUCUUUUGUUUAUACUUAUUUUUCUUGGUUUUUUUUUGUAAUGACAUUGCCCAGAUGAGUUUUUUUUAACUUAUUUACUUGAAGUUUGAAAGUUUAUGUUUUUGGUGUUUUUUUGUUAUUUUUGCAUUUCGGUUUCCGUCAAUAAUUUGCGUUCGUGUAAAGAUG